CUGGUCUGAGGCGCGCGUGCGCCGUGGGCCAGGCCGCAGGCGAUGCUGCUGCGGAGCUUGGCCGUGGGAGGCCGGUCGGUGGCCGCCGCUGCUCACGGGCCGGGGCUACGCCGACUCUCCAGCUGGGACUGCUGCCGAAGGCUUCCUGAAGGCAGCAACAUUCUGCACAGGCACCACACCUGGAUCCGAGUCCAUGAAGGCCGCAGAGAGUUCACGAAGGACCAUGUGGAGGUGGGCUCCCAAUCAGGUGCAGACAGCACUAGGCAGCCCGAAUCCUCCCUGCCCGGCAGGGGCCCCUUGGGACCCCCGUACCCCCUGCCACCUGAGCUCCAGCCCCCUACCAACUGCUGCAUGAGCGGCUGUCCCAACUGCGUGUGGGUGGAGUACGCAGAUGCGCUGCUGCAGCACUACCAGGACGGUGGGGAGCGGGCCCUGGCUGCCCUGGAGGAGCACGUGGCUGACGAGAACCUCAAGGCCUUCCUCAGGAUGGAGAUCCGGCUCCGAGUGAGGAGUGGAGGCUGAGCCAGCCCAGCCAGACAGCCUCACCCGGACGGAUGCCCUCGCCCUAAGGGGCUCCAGCUUGGCGGUGCCUUAUUGGGAAGCAACACUGCCUCUUUUAUUUGUCAUCUCUUUAUGGGGCUUGUAUUGGAUGCGAAUAGGAAGAGUUAUUUAUUGACUUUAUCUGAGAAUAAAUAAGUUCUCUGUGGUG